AUGUAUUUUCCACUGCCUGGUCCAACGCACGGAGCGACGACGCUCCCGUUUGACCCCGGCGACGCACCCCGUCGACCCUUCGAGAAGCGUCGCGUCGGCCUGUUGAGUCACGCGCGGGAUCGGCUGCCGGAUGCCCUCCCACUUCGGCCUUUCCAGAGGUCGUCUGCAAGCCUCACCGAUCGCCAUGCAUUGGAGAUGGUCAUUGUGCCAGGUUUUGUGAUACAAUCAUCCCCCACCCGCUUCUUCUGCAUGCGGCUCUGUUAG